UCCUCUUUCUCUUACAAAAAAACAUUAAUCUUAUCUCUGCUUUUACAUUGUGCCCAUGGUUUAAUCUAGCAUCAUGCCAUUGCAAGCCACCACUGAACAGAAACCUGUUUUCAACAACAAAAUGCUGGUGGUUGUGCCUCCUCAUGCUUUGAUCAAACACUGGGUUUCUGUGCUUAGAAAUGAGCAGACACCACCCCCAAUCUUUAGGAAUGCCAUGGCUGAGCUGGGAAGGCUGCUUAUGUAUGAAGCAUCCAGGGAUUGGCUGCCAACGAUUACAGGGGAGAUUCAGUCCCCACUCGGGCCAGCUACAGCAGAAUUCAUUGAUCCGCAGGAGGCUGUAGUGGUUGUUCCUAUCCUGAGAGCCGGUCUUGCUCUUGCAGAGCAUGCGUCAUCCGUCUUACCAGUAACUAAGACAUACCACCUAGGUGUUAGUAGAGAUGAGGAGACACUUCAACCAACUGUAUAUCUUAACAAGUUACCUGAAAAUUUUUCUAAAGGAACUCGAGUGUUCAUUGUUGAUCCUAUGCUAGCAACAGGUGGCACUUUAAUCACAGCCAUUGAUCUGAUCAAGGAACGCGGAGUUGACAACGAGCAUAUCAAAGUGGUAUGUGCUGUGACUUGCCCUCCGCCACUCAAAAAGCUGAGCGAGAAGUAUCCCGGGCUUCGUGUGUAUGCUGGAAGCAUUGAUCCAACUCUUACUGACAAGGGGAUGAUUAUCCCGGGGCUCGGAGAUGCAGGAGACCGAAGCUUUGGUACAUAAAACCCAACCAGAGGAGAUGUUUAGCAGGACGUGUUUAGCUGAAUAAGUCGAUGCUUGUUGAGUCUUUUAUGUUAUCGUAUGUCUGGUUAACUGGUCGAAUACUAUUUUCUGUUAUCUAGUUCUGAAUUUUCGAUUUGAAUUUAAGUUUUCGUAUUGGUCAAGC